AUAUCAAUAAUGAAUCAUUCCUUUAUUUAAAUACCGAACAUACAUCAUUCCCUUCUUGGGUUAUAGAAAAUACAGAAAACGAUGAAAUAUCUUCUGAUAUUGAUGAUAGUGAAAAUGAUAGAAGUGAAUUUAUUUAUAAUAUGCAUGAUCUCAAAGAGGCUGUAUCCUUUAAAUUUAGGAAUGAAGAAAUAGAUGAUCUAGUAAAAUUCUCAAUAAAAAUAAAAAUUGAAGAAGACUUG